CAGACAAAUCACAAGAACAUGCUCCCAAUCAACAUCGAUGGAACUCUGCCCAGUGCUUCAUCUUGGGUUCUUCCGAUAAUUACCGCGUUGCGGCCAGGGAAAAAGAGCCAUUUCGCUGUUUCUACUUAUCUGUCCGCCACAGUUCUGAUAGAUACAACGCUUUCCUUGGUUAGUAAGUCUUCCUCGAAGUUGUUCAAAGAUACGGAAGCGCAAACGUGCCAAUAUGCUAAUGAAUCGGAAUUAAACGAAGAGAUGCAAGCAUCCUCACGACGCGAAGAAAUUCCCGGAAACGUGCCAUUAGUCGUUUCUACCUUCAGUGAUGGACAAAGUGACGAAGAUGUCCAACACGAACGUCGCCACUUGGACAGUUCUGCUUCCAAUGGGAUCAAAGAACUCCGAUCUGCGGAUAGCGGCGGUCUAUCAGCACCCACACGUGACCAGUGCACCUACACCCAACUCAGCAGGCAAGCUGCUGUCGUCCUCGUCCAUCAAGAAUCGAGUGCACAUAACGUGAAGGACAGUGAAGUCACCUGGAGAUUUGUGAGACAAGAACAGAUUACAUAUCCGUCCAUGAAGGAUUCAAGCACUCAAACAAAGAGAGUAAAGUCCAAGCUUUCGUCAGAACAAGCAGAAAACUUUUCCAAACGUUUGAAAAGAUCUCAAGAUACAGCCUUGAUAAACAGGACCGAGUUAAUGACUAAACAACGGAGCCGAGAGGUAUCCAAGACAGAACGACAGUUGACCGCCAUUUACCGUUUGGACAACGUGAACUCUGAAGAUUACCAAAUUGCUGCGAUGAAUGCGGCACUCAGUAGUUGCAGUACCCCAGAUGCGAUUCACAACCUCAGAUACUUCAUGCUGAGCAAUCCACAGAAGAGCGCAAAAGGUGACAGGGAGGGUGAGCUAGCAAAAAUGGAAAUCUGUCUGCACUUUGAUCCGAACAGUUAUCUGAAGGAGUUAGAAGAGUUGGUGGAAACAAAUGAUGACCACACAGUGGACACUGCUGUUCAGAAUCGAGGGAAACCACAGAGGAAACUUGCCCAGCAAAAGAAUUCACUGAGUCUUGAGGAGAGAACAAGCUACCGGCAAGAACAUAGUUCAAUGGAACCAAAUGAUCAGGUCUCCAAAAAAUCCUCUGUCCGUACGAUGGACUGUGCAACGAUGACGAUUACGGUACCCACAGUGACGGCGACAACACUGACGGACGCUGAGAAGGAAGAAUUCAGCACUACUGAUGCCAACAUUCAGUGCGGAGUUUUCUCUGAGUUACAACAGCUGGUAAUACAUUUGGGGUAUCCAAUUAAUAAAACCAGUUCGGUUUCGUCGAUAAAGCCAAUCAUGAAGAACAAUGUACAAAUCGAGCAAGAUUUAUCAAGUGACCUAGUGUUCAGGGUCUACCACGAGGGCGCAGAAUAUUCAAGUGACCCUUUGAAGAAGCAGUCUGAAGGACACCUGAAGAAAACCCGAUUCCAGCCGACUUCGGCGCUAAUACAAGCGCAUCCAACAUCCAACACGCUCGAUCUUGAGAAACAAAUGCGUCCGGGCUAA